AUGGCUCCAGAUGACAAAACCCACCAGGCCGCUGCGCAGGGACAGCUGGACUCUUCUGCCGCUGCAGGUUGCCCCGUCGACCACUCCACCCGAGCUGCCUGGCUAAAACAACAAAAGCCGCAACAAGAUGGAAACCAGACCUCGACCCAGCCGCCGGCAGCUACCGAUAACCUCAGCAAGGCCCGAGAGGUAUCCUCGAUCCCCAGAGUCACCAUAUCCAACGGGAAUGCCGAAUCCCCAAACUCCCAUGCUGCUUCUUCCGUAUCUCCCUCCGUAGGAAACUGGAUAUACCCGUCAGAAAAGAUGUUCUUUGAUGCAAUGAAACGGAAGGACUGGGAUCCCAAGGCAGAGGAUAUGCGUAUGGUUGUUCCUAUACAUAAUGCUGUGAACGAGAGAGCGUGGGCGGAGAUAAGAGACUGGGAAAGGGGCAAAGGCAGCGAAAAAUGCGGCGGCCCGAGACUGCUGUCAUUCUCCGGAGAUGCUUCAAAACUCUCCCCGAAGGCCCGCAUUUUGGUUCUUCUCGGCUACCAAGCCCCAUUCGAUAGACAUGACUGGGUGAUAGAUAGGUGUGGGACCAAUGUCGAAUAUAUUAUCGACUUUUAUAGCGGCAAGAGGGACCCUAACCGACCCGAAAUACCCAGCUUCUACCUGGAUGUUCGGCCUAAGUUGACGGUGGAGGGUACCUGGAUGAGGGCGCAGAGAUGGCUCAAUAGUUGGCUCUAA